GGCUCUGGGUGGUGACCUGCACCCUUCCCCAAAUUACAGAGGGUCCUGGUGUACAGUGGAAGGUUGCCACCCCUCACAACCAGGCUCAGGUCCACUGAGACCACCAGACUCUAGGCCCAGAGAUGUUUGCUCAGAACUGCUCAAAGGAAAGGAAUAGAUGUUGAGGAGAAAAAGGACAGGAAAAGCUGUGAUAAUACAGGAUUUUCUUAGAGCUAGCUGCCUGGCCUGGUUGGAUUUCUCACCUCUCUCUGGCCUUGAUCUCUGUCCUCAAUCUUUCCUAUCUCAAGUGCCUCCACUUGCUCCUCAGAAAAGUACUAGGUCCCACAAUGAUGAAAACAAAAGGCCCACUUUUCCCAAAGAUAUGUUUUUAGGUCCUAAAAACUUGCUAUGAAUGAAAAAUGUAAUUGUGGAUAUGAUAAAGGGAUAUCUUUAGGACAUAAAAGCUCAUAGAACUAAUUGCCAGUAUCAAUAGCAUGCUCUAUCUUUACUUUCAACAUCUUCCCAGCUAAAUUAAAAGUCCAUCAGCCGUCAAAAUGUUAGGAACACUGGUAGUAUACCUUUCAGUGCUAUGAUAACAGUACAACUCAACAAUAAUAAUUUAAAAUCAAAAUCACUGUACUUUGGGAAAUAAAUGUUAUUACCAUGACAAGCACAUGUCACUUGCUGGUGGACAGGGGCACUGAUGGGGAAUGAAUUCAUAAAGUCAGAAUCCUGGAUUUCCACUCCCUCCAAAGAAAACAGUUUUUGUAUUUAUUCAUUUGUUUAUGAAUUCACUCAUUCAUUUAACAAAUAUUCAUCAGACCCUUACUAUUCCAGGUACUGGAUGAACAUAAUAGACAAGUCCAUGACUUCCUGGAGCUUAUACUCAAAUGGUGGAGUCAGAUAUAAACAGAUAAACAAAUGAAUGUACAAUAUAAUGUCAGUCAUACACCCUAUGAAGGAAUCCCAGAGCAGAGUAAGGGAACUAAGAAUAAGGUGUAGUCAGGGAGGACCUGUUUGAGGAGGUGACAUUUCAGAAGAGUCCUGAGUUAGACAAAGAACUGAACCAUGCAGAUACCUGGGAGAGAGCAGAAGGUCUGAGAUAAGACUGUGCUUUGCAUUCUUUGCAUAGCAAGGAAUCCUGGCAGUCAAAGUCAGAGGGAAAGUGGUAGGAAAGGAAGUAGGAGGUAGGAAGAGGCCAGAACAUAAGAUGAUGUGAGGUUCUGACUGGAUUGGGACUAUGGAUGUUACCCCAGGUGUGAUAAGUCAUGGAGGGGCGCAAUCUGAUUUACUGUUUAGAGGAUCAUGCUGGCUCAUGUGUGAAGACAGUAUGUUGGGGAUGAGAGUGAAAGCCAGAAGACCCAUUAGGAAGGUUAUUGCAAAGGCCAAUGUAGAACAUACGGUGACUUAGGCCAGGUGGUGUCAGUGGAAGGCUGAGAGGUAACUAGGUUUGGGAUAGAUGCCCAGCAUUGAACAACAGAAUUUGCUGGUUGAGUAGGAGUGGGACAUGAAGGAAAGAGAGCAGUCAGGGAUGAUUUUAGAUGGAACUACUAGGUGAUGGGAAACACCAGAGGAGGAGCAGGCUUAUGGGAGGAGAACAGGAGUUAUUUCAGACAGAUUUGGUUUGAGAUAACUGUGGAAAUCUUGUGGAAAUGCCCAGUACAAAGUUGGAUAAACAAGACGAGAACUCAGGAGAACAAAAACCUUCCCUGGUAGAUGACCUGAUUUCUAAUAUUUGGGGGUGUGCCAGGUGUGCUAGUAAGUCCUUCUGUAACCUCAAAUGGCUGCUUGCUGUUAAAACAGGCAACAAAGAGCGCUAACCCCAUCCCAGCCAGGAAACUACAACUGGCAUGGAACUUGCUCACUGCAUUUGUGUUGGUUAAAUUCCAUAGGACAGAGUGUUGCUCAGAGACCAGCUUCACAAGUUGGGGCUGUGAAGAUCACUCAAGAGUACACAAGGUGGACUCUGUCACAGCUGCCACUCCCUAAUUGUAAAUUGGGUAAUCCUUUCCUUUUUGAAAGACAGGGAGCCUAGGUCUGGAACAAGGGGAAGCAAGGGCAGAUGAACUUGCUUUUCCAAGUUUGGAGGCCAAUGCGAUGCAGUGAAAAGAGCAUGACCUUUGGGCCCAAACAUUGCAUCUUUGAUCCUUCCCACCUGUGCAAUGUUUGCUAUGUUACUUUACCUGAGUCUAAAUCUCAGGUUCUGGGGCCACAGAGAGAGAGACAGGAUUGUUGUAAAGAUUAAAUAAGUUUCACUUUCAAAAUCCUGGCAUCCAAUAAGCAUUCACACAGGAGAGUUCCUUCCCCUGUAUCCACUUUCCCUCUGUCCAUGAAGAGAUGACCCUCUCUUACCACACAGCCCACCCCAGCUCGGCCUUUCUUCACCAGGCUCCCAUGGCAAAUCCUCAGGCUCUAACUCCUGAGGGAAGCAUCUUCUCCAGCCUCUCCAGCCUCCCUGGCUGGGGCAUGACACUCAGUUUUCCUCACAGAGAUAAAGACCAGAGCAGCAGCAUCAUUUCUGGGUUUGCGGGGCUCCUCACCAUCCUCCUAGUCACCGCAGUUCUCUGCAUCCUGUGGAACUGGAAUAAACGGAAGAAGCGGCGAGAUCCUUACCUGCAAGUUACCAACAUGUUCUUGCUGACUCUGCUUCGAUCCAGACGACGAGCCAAAAAUAUUUAUGACCUCUUGCCCCGGACUCAAGAAGAAUUAGGGAGACAUCGGUCAAGGAGUAUCCGUAUUUUCAGUAUUGAUAGCCUCCGCUCCAGAAACUCUGACAGCCCUCGUUCUGGGCAUGUGCCCUCCCAAGCAGGCAAUGUCCUCCAGGAGCACAGAGCCCAGACUCACACUGUGCGAAUCUAUGACAAUGCCAGCUGGCCCCAGAUGUGUGGGAACCUCACUCCCUCAGCACACUACGUCAACGUCAGAGCACCUGGAGACCACCCAAGCAUCUCUUCAGAGGACUCAAGAGAUUAUGUCAAUGUUCCCACAGCAGAAGAGAUUGCUGAAACUCUAGCUUCUCCCAGCAACCCCCCUGGGAACCUUCCAAUUGCCCCAGAGCUGGAACUUACUGAGGAAGGAGACAAGGGCUGUGCCAAUGUCAGCGACUGCACCAGUUUUUGGUCUCUGGGAACUGAGAAUAAUGAUCCACUCAGUGAUGAGGAAGGUUCUUCUCAGACCUCAAAUGACUAUGUCAACAUGGCAGAGUUGGAUCUUAGGACCAUCCAGAGGAAGCAGUCCCAGGUGUCUUUUCAGUACUGCAGAGAUUAUGAAAAUGUCCCACCAGCAGAUCCCAAUGGAAGCCAGUGUCAGGCAGAAGAAGUGACAACCUCAGACACAAACCAUGAAGAGGGCAGGACAGACGGUGAAGGGACCCACGUCCAAUUUGUCAUGCAAUCAAGGAGGUUCCUGGAUUUAGGGGAUUAUGUGAUUUAUCAGCCAUCUGCACAGACUGAGGACAGUCAGGUGAAACAUGAAGAAGAGGUGUCAGAUGAGGACUCUAAUGACUAUGAGACUGUGCUUGUUACCGAGUCGGGAGGCGGGGACUCUGGGCAGGAACCAGACACACAGACACAUGGCUCCUUCCUGAUUAAUUAAGACCCACCCACCCACCCAGCUGGAAAGCCACACAUAGUCUAGCCUGAGGGAUCCAGGGGAAGAUCCUUGACCAUCCUCGUUUCCAUGGAUUCAUUUGGUUAGGCUAAAAAGAGGCUGAGAAGAAGUAGGGAGCUAAGAGGCUCACAAAAGCAGAGGUUUGGGAAAGCCAGAAAAAAAUUCUUUUCAAAUAGGGUACCAUUAUCUCUCAUACCAACCUAAUAAUGUUUCCUAAAACUGCCUUUUAUGACUAUUAACAGAUGAGAAAGAAAGAAAGAAAGAGAGGGGGGGAACUUUAGUGCACAGUGGAAAUAUAAAGUAGUCUAAAAUUAUUAUCUUCACUAAUAUCAGCAGGCUUCAAAGCAAAAAUUCAGAUUAUUUUGUAAUCCAGGCAGAGGCCAAUAGGAAGAGAGAAGUCAGAGUAGGGGAGGGGGCCAGUUUCCACUUUAAAAUGAGGAUGGACAACUAAAGCUGGAGAUGUGGAACAACAGGAACUCUCACUCACUGCUGAUGGGACUGCAAAGCAUAAGAUUCAGUUUGGAAAACUAUUUGGCAAUUUCUCUAAAUAUACAUUUAUAUUACCCAGCCAUUUCACUAUUAGGUAUUUACACAAGUGAAUUGAAAACUUGUCUUUACACACACAAACCAUACAUGACUAUUUACAGUAGCUACAGUCACAUUUGUCAAAACCUAAAAAUAACUCAGAUGUCUUUCAACAAGUGAAUGGGUAAACUGCAGUAUAUACAAUGACUAUCUAUACCCAACAGUAAAAAAGAAAUGAACUGUCGAUUCAUGCAACAACAUGGACAAAUCUUAAAUGCAUUUUUCUAAGUGAAAGAAGCUAGACCUAAACCUCUACCUAUUGUAUGACUCCGUUUAUAUGACAUCUGGAAAAGGCAAAACUAUAGGGACAAAGAACAGAUUAAUGGUUGGCAAGUUUGAGGAAAGGGGACAGGAAGUUCACUACUAAGAAAUGUUCGGGGUAAUGGAGCUGUUCUGUAUGGUACUGUGAUGGUGCACACAUACUCUAUGCAUAUGUCCAAAUGUAAAAAAAAAAACUGUAUAGCAUACAGAGUACUUUUAUUACAUGCAAAUUAAAAAUAUUAACCAGGCUGUCAGGGGAACACAUGCUGAAAUGCAGAUUGUGAUACACGGGUCUAACUGUCUUACAACUAUAUGACAUAACCUCAGUGAAGAGGGUGAGGAGAAAGAGCUGGCCUAAUUAACUUUGGAAAAUAAUGUUUUUACUUGAAACUAAGAUGAAGACACAAAGAACUCUAGGAAAACACUGCACUCUAGUUGGUAAAUUUGUAUUUCACAGGAGUGUAGGUUAGCUAUUCUGAAACUACUUUAAGUGUAUACUAAAGUUAAAUAAGUAAAUAAGCAUAUUACAGAUGAGGAGCCACAGGUUUCUUACUGUCUGAGAAAGAAGUAACAAAUAAGCAAGUAGCAAAGGCUCCAGUUAGCUUUGUGGUGCUGGAUUAAAGUUGGCAGUACAGUUUGAACUCAUGUUUAUAUAUAUGAAUAGAUACAGAAAUCAAUAUAGAUGUGUAUAUACAUAAGUGAAUAUUCAUACAUUUCUUAGCUUUGCCACUAGAGGGCAUAGAUGGCAUGACUCCCCAAUAGCAAUGAACACACUUAGUGCUCAGAACUUGGCUUCUAAAUAUCAUCCUCCAGUAAACGGAACCAGAGCUCCUUGGAGAAAGGACUAUUUCUAGGGCUGGGGCAAAGACAACUAAAGGAGAGUGGGAAGAAAAGAUGAGAGCAUGUUCAAAGGAGCCAACUGAAAGAGCUCCCUAAUGCAAUGCUAGAACAAUUUGAGAAAUAAAAAUAAGUAAUUAUAAAAUAAAUUUAUAACCCAAAGAAUAAAAGAAAUAUCCAUAAUUGAUAUCCAUACCAAUAGUCAAAUAGACAAAGUGAGGAAAAAGGAUCAGUUUUCCUUACAGAUAAAUUACAAACAAUAAAUGUAGAAGAAAUGAUCGAAAAAGAAAACCACCAUGAAGACCACAAAAUAAUCGCUGUGGGUAAGUCUGGAUGAAUGUUAAAAUUAGUGGGUGACACUUUAACGAGAAAUAAGAUAGUUUCAUAACCUCGAAGACUCUUCCCCAAAAUACUGACUACUGUAAUGAUUUUAACACACAUGUCCACAAAUUAUUUGAUACUCCCCCUGGAACUUAAUUCCCCUCUCUUUCAGUGUGGGCUGGAUCUAGUGACUAUUUUCUAACAAACAGAAUCUAGAAUGGGGGAAAAAGUAAAUUGAGAGUGGAGAAACUUGGCAGACACCAUCUGGACCACAUGAUCAAGAAUAACUCACUGGUAAUAAGUCAUUUUGCUAUAUGAUUGAGGAAAAGGAUAAUUCAUUUCUGUGGUAUUUUCUAAAAUCUAAAACCCAGUCUUAUCAUGAGAAAAAA